UCUCUUUUAUUGAUUAUUGUUGACUGUGUUUAACAAUAAGUAUUUUCAUUUAUGUUUUCCCGUUAUCGUAUACCGUCUACGAUUUGUAUUAAAUUGAUAUUAAUACAAUUAGAUUAUUUAAGAAUUUACAGAACAAUAUAAUUAUUAAUAUAAUAAUAGCAUUUAUAUGUCAUUUAUAUAUUACUAUAUUAUUAUUAGAAUCUGAGAGUAUGUUGACUCUUACUCUAUAAAAGUUUUCACGGUUAUCACAAACUAAGGGCAAAUUUCAUUUUUCAUCAGAAGGAAAUAUUACCGCCGAUCCUGUUCUAAGAACUUAAAGUAUGAAAACGACAGCAGCGCGCUCGUGUCUCUUUACAUUAUGUUCAAAAUACAACAUACAACAAAAAUGCAGAUAUCACUUAAUCAUGAACUAGCAGUGACUCGUAUUACGGUCAAUGCUGCCGAUAACACAUAUGAAAUUGACUGUAGUAAUUUGCGAAUUGGACAAUACAUCUGCCCUCAUCCCGAUUAUGAUUUCAUAGAUAAAAAGACUCAACAACCUAAAGGAUGUACGAAAGAUAAUAAAGCUAGAGUUUUAUGUCUAGUCGCAGAUGGGCUUAUUUGUACAGAAACGAGGAAUAAUACUUUUAAAAAGGAUAUACCUUGUAGAUGGACUAAUGGAUAUUCCUUUGAAACAACUUUACUAUUGUCUAUAUUUUUGGGUAUGUUUGGCGCAGACCGAUUUUAUCUUGGAUAUCCAGCACUUGGAUUGUUGAAAUUGAGUACCUUAGGUUUUCUCUUCCUGGGUCAAUUUGCAGAUGUUAUAUUAAUAGCAACGCAGAUUGUUGGCCCAGCAGAUGGUUCGCAUUAUGUUAUGCCAUAUUAUGGUGCCGGAAUUAAUAUUGUUACAAGUAAUAACUUCACAUACAGAGUGCCACAAUAUGAUAGUUGAUUUUGUUCUUACAAUAGCGCAGCACAGAAGUAAUCAUUAUUUUAAGAAAUUCUAUAACUAUUGCAUCUACCAUGAGCAAUGAUGUACAAUCUUCUGCAUAUAAAUCCUAUUAUCUUAAAUUAUAUUUGGAUAUAUUAUUCUUUAUAUUAAUGCUAUAACAAGUCUUAUCAAAAAAAAGGCUAUCUUGUAGAUAUGUUUUUCAAUGAAAAAUUGUAUAUAAUUCAAUAAACUUUUGUUUUUAUUUAUAAA